UAUGAUUGCUGUUUUUUCGAGGCUCGCAAGUAGACCAGCCAUGAUGUAGCGCAGAGGACAUGACUUCUACUCGCCAUCCACUUUGUGUCUUUUCUUAACCUGAUGGGAUUCUGUCAUCAAGCAUGAUUUUGGUAAUUCUCGUUAGUUUGACAUGCUGCACCACAGCAAGCAAACCUGGGUUCAAUGUUCCUGCAGAAACUGAAAGGAUCAAGCAACAAGAGCAGGAGAGUAUUGAAAGAUUUUCGGUGCUACCGACUUUUCCAUUUGACGAUAUUGACUAUCCAGCUACAAGAGAAUUCCUGCGAAUUUUUGGGGACAACACUUUGACAGGACAUGAGUGGAAUAGUCGACUGCUAAAUUGGGCCAAGAAAAAUGGUGUUUACAUGCCUUUUCUUCAUUUCAAGCGGGAAAUGGAAAGAAGAAGACAAGCAAAUGAGGAAAAUUGCUUGAGGUCUACACACGCAUUGCACCAGUUUUUCCGGAAGUAUUACCAUGUUGGAAAUAACUAUGCUUAUACUUGGGAGCAAGUAAACGAUGUGAGGGAGGACCUUAUAAAAGGACUGACGGCAAAACAAUUGAGAAUAGCAACUCUCAUUGCAGAAUCGUACACACCCCGCGACGUACAGCAGUUGACCAGUCAUCGAAAUCUUUUCCUGCAAGACGAAAUCCCUGAUUGUGACCCACAACGCGAUUGCUGA